AUGGCGGAAGUGGUUCUGGUGAUUGGCAGUGGUGGCAGAGAGCAUGCCUUAGCCUGGAAGCUUGCACAGUCUGCCCAUGUGAAACAAGUCCUCGUGGCACCAGGAAACGCGGGUACUGCCAACAAUGGGAAGAUCACAAAUUCUGAUGUCCCAGUUGGAGACCAUGCUCAGGUCACACAGUUCUGCAAAAAAAACAACAACAUAGCUUUGGUGGUUGUCGGGCCAGAAGCUCCUUUAGCUGCAGGUCUGGUGGAUGAUUUGAGGGCAGCUGGAGUGAGAGGUUUUGGUCCCACUGCAAAGGCGGCUCAGCUGGAAGCUAGUAAAAGUUUUGCCAAAGACUUUAUGGACCGACAUGGCAUUCCAACAGCAAAGUGGAAAUCUUUCACUGACCCUAAAGAAGCUUGUGACUUUAUCACUAGUGCUGACUUCCAGGCCCUGGUGGUCAAAGCAAGUGGCCUGGCAGCUGGAAAGGGAGUGAUAGUGGCCAGCAGCAAGGAAGAGGCUUGUAAAGCUGUUAAUGAGAUUAUGCAGGAUAAGGCAUUUGGAGAAGCUGGGGAGACUGUAGUAGUGGAGGAGCUACUGGAGGGUGAAGAAGUUUCCUGCCUCUGUUUCACAGAUGGGGUCACUGUUGCUCCCAUGCCUCCAGCCCAGGAUCAUAAAAGACUGAUGGAUAGGGAUCAAGGCCCUAACACAGGAGGGAUGGGAGCUUACUGCCCUGCACCCCAGAUAUCUGAGCGAUUAUGUGUGGAAAUCCGGGACACUGUGCUGCAGAAAGCCGUAGAUGGAAUUCGAAAAGAUGGAACGCCGUAUAUAGGUGUUCUCUAUGCUGGAAUUAUGCUUACUAAAGAUGGACCUAAGGUGCUCGAGUUUAACUGCCGAUUUGGAGAUCCGGAAUGUCAGGUGAUACUGCCACUUCUUCAGAGUGACUUAUAUGAAGUUAUCCAGACCACUCUAGAUGGACGCCUUGCCGAUUCUAUGCCAGUGUGGCUGAAGGACUAUGCUGCUGUUACUGUAGUUAUGGCUAGCGGUGGUUAUCCUGGAAGCUAUGCCAAAGGCCUGGAAAUAACAGGGUUGUCUCAAGCCAAAGAGCUUGGUCUGGAAGUGUUUCAUGCUGGCACAGCUCUGAAGGAUGGAAAGGUGGUGACCAGCGGUGGGACGGGUUCUCACUGUCACCGCCAUUAGGAAGAACUUGAUAUCUGCUCUGGAGGAAGCCAACAAAGGAGUAGCUGCCGUACAGUUCUCUGGUGCGAUAUACAGAAAAGACAUUGGUUACCGUGCUAUCGCUUAUCUCAGGCAAAACAGGCCCCUGACUUACAAAGACAGUGGUGUGGACAUAGAGGCUGGGAACAGUCUGGUGCAGAGAAUUAAGCCUUUUGCUGCUGCCACUGCUAGACCAGGAUGCAAUGCAGAGCUUGGAGGCUUUGCUGGGCUAUUUGACCUUAAAGCGGCAGGAUAUAUAGACCCAAUUCUGGUGUCUGGGACAGAUGGUGUUGGAACAAAACUGAAGAUUGCACAGGCAUGUAACAAACACGACAGCAUUGGACAGGAUCUGGUCGCCAUGUGCGUCAAUGACAUCCUGGCGCAGGGAGCAGAACCUUUGUUCUUUCUGGACUACUUUGCCUGUGGGUCCCUAGAUGUGUCUGUGGCAGCCUCUGUGGUCUCUGGUAUCGCCAAGGCCUGCCAAAUGGCUGGAUGUGCUCUUUUGGGGGGUGAGACAGCAGAGAUGCCAGGCAUGUAUGCCCCGGGGGAGUAUGACCUUGCAGGGUUUGCAGUAGGAGCGGUGGAGAGAGGCCACAUGCUGCCAUUGCUGGACAGGAUCACAGCAGGGGAUCUGGUGAUCGGUGUGGCUUCCUCCGGGGUCCAUAGCAAUGGUUUCAGUCUGGUGAGGAAGAUUCUGGAGAAGUCUGGCCUGGGCUUCUCCUCUCCAGCCCCCUUUGUCUGUGGGACACAGACAUUUGGUGAGAUUUUACUGACACCAACUAAAAUCUACAGCAAAGCCCUCUUACCCAUCUUAAAAUCAGGCCAUGUGAAAGCCUAUGCGCACAUCACUGGGGGAGGUCUGCUGGAGAACAUUCCCAGAGUCCUGCCUGCUUCCCUCGGAGUCACUUUAGAUGCGCUUUGUUGGAAGGUCCCAGGAAUAUUCUCUUGGCUGCAGAAGCAUGGAGGUCUGUCAGAGGAAGAGAUGAGUCGGACCAUUAACUGUGGGAUUGGCGCCAUCUUGCUAGUGGAGAGGACAAAGGCUGAGGAAGUUCUAAGGGAUCUCCAACCAGCAGAAGAUGCUUGGAUCAUUGGAGAAAUAGAUUCCUGCGGUGUGGAAAUCCAAAAUCUUAAGGCAGCUCUGCUUGGGACAAAUGUACAGCUGCAGAAAUAUGUGAUCCCAUCUGUUUAUAAUGGACAAAACCAGGGUAAUGAAGGAAAAACCAGAGUGGCUGUUCUCAUCUCUGGGACCGGUACCAAUAUGGAGGCAUUAAUUAGGAGUGCCAAAUCUCCCACAAGUGCUGCCCACAUCACUCUGGUGAUCUCCAACAAAGCCGGAGUUGCAGGGCUGCAGAAGGCAGAGACAGCUGGUAUUCCAACAAAGGUCAUCGACCACAGGCAGUACAAGAGCCGGGAAGAAUUUGACAACACCAUUGAUGAGGUUCUUGAGGAAUUCUCUAUCCAGUUUGUGUGUCUGGCCGGCUUCAUGAGGAUUCUGUCCGGACCCUUUGUCAGGAAGUGGAGCGGGAAGAUUCUUAAUGUCCACCCAUCGCUGCUACCAUCAUUUAAAGGAGCCCAUGCACACAAGCUGGUUUUGGAAGCAGGAGUACGAGUCACUGGAUGUACGGUUCAUUUUGUGGCAGAGGAGGUUGAUGCCGGGGCCAUCAUCUUUCAAGAGGCUGUUCCGGUGGAGUUUGGGGACACGGAAGAGACUUUGUCUGAAAAGGGUUAAGAAGGCC